CCUUCAUUGAAGAAACUGAUAUCAAGAAAUGGCUAAGACAGAAGAAAAUUUGAGAGACAAUUCUAGAUGGAGCAUUGGAGGCAUGACCGCUCUCGUCACCGGUGGCUCGAAAGGCCUCGGAAAAGCUGUGGUGGAGGAACUAGCCUUGUUAGGAGCAAGAGUACUCCACACAUGUGCCAGAGACGAAACUCAGCUUCAAGAACGCUUACGUGAAUGGCAAGCCAAAGGGUUUCAGGUCACCACUUCCGUCUGCGACGUUUCUUCUCGUGACCAACGAGAGAAACUCAUGGAAACCGUUUCCUCUAUCUUCCAAGGAAAACUCAACAUCCUUGUAAACAAUGCGGGAACGUGUAUAACAAAGCCGACCACAGAGUUUACAGCACAAGAUUACUCAUUUCUGAUGGCUACAUAUCUGGAGUCAGCUUUUCAUCUCUCACAGCUCACGCACCCUUUGUUGAAAGCCUCUCGCUCAGGGAGCAUCGUGCUCAUGUCCUCCGCUGUGCAUAUCAAUGUUGGUUCCAUCUAUGGAGCAACUAAAGGAGCUAUGAAUCAGCUAGCAAAAAACUUAGCAUGCGAGUGGGCAAGUGAUAACAUAAGGGUUAACUCUGUCCAUGGUUCAUAGCAACUCCUUAAUACU